UGUGAGCAUGCGCAGUGCGCAGAGAACGACCACGUAGUUAGCUGCAGUGCAAGCGUCGGGAUUUGUGUUUUUUUAUAUAUAUAUUUAUAUAUUAAUAAACAGAUUCACCGCCUCCAUUUUGUAACAACGGGUCGUUAAACAUAAAAAUGGCGAGAUACCUGAGGCCGCCUAACACGUCUCUCUUCGUUAGAAACAUCGCCGACGAGUCCAGAAUUGUAAAGAUACAGUUCUGGAGACUCCACACCAAAGAAAGUUGAAAGGCGGUUGUAGAGUAGAUUCAAGCCAAAGACACCCAGGCAACAAGCAGUAGUGGAAUUGGGGAAAAUAAAGAGAGAGCAAAAGCAUGAAGAUACAAAGAGGAGAAACAGAGAGCACCAAGGCUUCCGUUUGUCUGCCAAAAGGGAGGAAAAGCAAAGUGUUUAUUGGGCAAAGACAAGCAGGAAACCUCAAGUUCUUCUGCCGAGAGAAUAAAGAUCAAGCUGAAGGUCAAAGGUCAAGCAUGUUAAAGGUAACAAGCCAAACUUUUUAUGUGCGAGACGCAGAGGACGCUCUUCACAACCUGGACCGCAAAUGGGUUUGCGGGCGUCAGAUCGAGAUCCAGUUUGCCCAGGGAGACAGAAAGACCCCGAACCAGAUGAAGUCCAAGGAGCGCCACUCCCCCCGCAGUUUCUCCCGCUACGACGACGACCGGGAUAGUCGCCGUAGACGAUCCCGGAGUCGCAGCUACGAGCGGCACAGGUCCCGAAGCCCUUCCUAUGAGCGCCGUCCACGGAGGUCGGAGAGCCCCAGAGACUCUCGGUCCUACAGUCGUCACAAGCGGAGCAGGAGUCACGAAAAUGAGAAGUACAGAGGUCCGCCCCGAGAGCACCAGAGGACACACCAUGAACCGGGCUUACGUAGCCGCUCCGCGUCCCGUUCCCCUUCACCCUCCAGAUCCAGGCCCAAAGGUAAAAAGAGCCAAUCCAGGUCCCACAGCCCGGCCGAAGACUUCCACCCAACCUCCAGCUCCCAGAAACAGUCCGUGGGACGCUCUCCAUCCCGCUCCUACUCUAGAUCCAUGUCCCGGUCACGCUCCCGCUCCAGGUCCUGGGCUGGGCGUAAGUCCGGAGGUCACUGACUGUCUGCUCCUCCACAGCUGUUAAUCUAGUCUACGAGGAUGUUUCUGUUCAGCUUUCAACUAUGAUAACCCGAGUGUUACGCUCUGUUUUUAUUUGUUUUGAUCAUCGCGUUGCGGAAGAAGGGAAGAGUCCAGCGGGAGCGGAGAUUAUUUUUUUAGGUUUUUGUUCUGAAGUGAAAGCACAGUUAAUCCCUGGGAAGUUUCACCAGGUCAUGUUUUUUUUUUCUGGACUCGUGUAAUGUGGGUUGAUGAAGGUGCUACAGUUUGGCUUUGCCAAUAAUAUUUUUGUAUUUUGAGUUAACAAUAUUUACACACACACACAGUUUAUGCCUGUCUCAGUUUGGUUCCACUGUUUGUGUAUUAUGUAAACAUGAAUUAAAAUGUAACUCCAGGCUGUGACUCAACAGUAUUUACUAGAAGUACGCUGGCCUCUCAUAUCUGCUAGUACACAGCAGGCAAACUGUAUACUCUGUAGUUAAGUACUUUGGCAAUGGAUGGCAUAUGGAAUACGGUUAAUUACUACCUUAUACUUUGUCCAGUAUUUAAUGUGACAGUAUGUGCUGCGUUUAUUUCUCAUGUACUUUGUUCAGUGAGUGAAAGUCCGUUGAAUAUUUUAAGCGUUCCUUAGUACUGUUGUUAUGCUUUGUCAAUAAAGAAACAAAUUCUUUCAA